AUGAAGCUGUAUGGGGUGGACGAUGAGAUAAUUCUCUCGGGCGCGAACCUGUCGAGCGACUACUUUACGAACCGCCAGGACAGAUACCACCUCUUUUCAUCCAAAGAUGUCACCGAGUAUUUUGCGAAUAUCCAGGAUGCCGUCUCAUCAUUGAGCUUCUUGGUUAAGCCGUCCGAGUCGCAAGCUGGAUUCGAAAUGAUCUGGCCCGAGGACAAUGCGGCCCCCUCACCUCUCGAAGAUCCUACGCACUUUGUCAAAGAGUCGACAUCUCUCUUGGCCGGACUAGUGUCUCCCAAAACGGCACCCUUGACCGCGCAUGACACCACUCCACGAGACAAGAGGGACACCUCGGUGUUCUUGUUGUCCCAGUUCUCGCAAUUGUUGUCGCCCGACACGUCGACCGAACUUCCCGCGGUAACACACGUCCUAAAAACUCUGUCUUUGCCCCAGUACGCCAAUUCCUCCUGGACAUUUACAGCGGGCUACUUCAACCCGGCGCCGUCUCUCACCAAGCUGUUACUCUCCACCCAGUCACAUGGGAAUACGGUCAUCACUGCUUCACCGUUUGCAAAUGGCUUUUACAAGUCGCCCGGUGUAUCAGGUCUCCUCCCCGACGCAUACACUCUCCUUGCACGUCGUUUCGUCCGCGCCGUUCACCAGCAACAGCUCGAGGCCUCGACGGUACUCCGGGAAUGGCGAAAGGGCACCGUCGGGGAACCUGGGGCAUGGACGUACCAUGCCAAGGGGCUGUGGAUAACGCUCCCCGGGAGCAAGGACCCCUCCAUCAGCCUAAUCGGCAGCUCCAACUACACUAAGCGGAGUUACUCUCUCGAUCUAGAAACCAAUGCCAUGAUCGUAACUGAGAAUGAGGAGCUGAAGAAGCGGCUGGGCCAGGAACAACGAUGGCUGCAAGAGCAUACGACCAUUGUCACUAGGGACGACUUCGCCAAGGCAGAUAGGCGGGUGGGGAUUAAGGUCCGCCUCGCCAUGAUGAUGGUAAAGCUCUUGGGAGGUGCGCUUUAA